AGAGCGGCGUCGCCAGUUCGGAAAGAGCAGCGCUCCCGGUAAGACCGUCCCUCCGCUCCCUGUCGGAGCGAGCGAGCGAGCAACUCGAGUGAAUUCCGUGUACCCCGUGCGUGAGUAGCGCGAGUGUGCCGUCGCAACCUCUUACUCUCUCUCUCUCUCUCUCUCUCUCUCCGAGGCACCGAGAGAAUCCGCUCUUCCGUUACGCUGUCUGUGCCGCGAAUUCCGGAGCAGCGCUGUUAUGGAUGCGAGGAGGCGCAGGGCUCACGACCUCGACGCCUGACACUCGAUCCUGGACAAUAGGAACCGCGAGUCAAAGUCGGUGAAGUCGGUCUGGCCGAUGCUGACUCAUUCUACUGGCCCGUGGCCCGUGGCAGCAGCAGCUCUCCAUGCAGAAGCAGCCCACCGCAGCCACUCGGUCGGCCGGCUGCAGGACCAAGAACAUCGGGCCGAUCAGAGCCGCAGCCGCUGCAGUGCCACCGGGUAAUAGGCAGCGCUCCUGACCCCCGGACAGGCUCCUACACGAGGACCGCCGUAGCUGAUGUGCGCGGCACCUGUUGUAGUUGUGCUCGUUAUCGGCCGCACGCAAUACGUCGCGACGUCUACUGAGUAGUAGUGAGACACGUACAGUGGUGAAUGAAGCGGGCCAAAGGUCAGCGUUUCCGCAGCAAGAGAAAGAGGGAGUGCAUCGCGACUGCGAUCGAUCGAUACACUACUAGUUAAUUGUGUUGUUCUUGUUGUUUGUUGUUGGUGCAGGGUGCUUGUGAUGAUUCGAUUUUUCGGUUCUGCCACGCAGCGGUAGUGCAAGGAUACAGCCACUUCGAACAUAUCGGUUGUGUUUAAUAUUCUCCUUGUUUUCUCCCUGUGCACCGGACCUCGGCGGACGCGUGCAUACAAUCACGCUUCGGCACAUGUCACUGCGGCUAGGAUGUACGUUAAGUGGAAGUGGAUCCGCGGUGGCUCAUCGUGAACUUGUGCGCGUGCACGAAGAGGCGCGCGAGGAAAGAUAGAGAGGGAGCACGAGACAACGAGGAAAUUGUGCAUUGUUAUUGUUGGUGUUGUUGCGUUCCUCGAUCAUCAACCAUGAAGAUUACGACGAGCUCGAGAACGUGGGUCCACGAGGAGACGAGCACGUCCCAAGCCAGCGCCGCUAGCAGGCGGAGAUCGCGAGCGAGGCUGGCCAGUCUUCCGCUGCUGCUGCUGCUCGCGCUGCUCCCGGAAGGCAGGUGCGCGAGGCAGCCGACCCCCCAGCAGGACGACGACCUCACGACCUACAACCCGCGGGCCACCACGGAGAUGGUCUACCAGCGCUUCGCCAUCGAGCCGAUGGACCAGACGGCCGUGAUCGGCAGCAAGGUCACGCUGCCCUGCCGGGUGCUCAACCAGAAGGGCCCCAUCCAGUGGACCAAGGACGACUUCGGCCUCGGCCGCCAGAGGAACCUCACGGGCUUCGACCGCUACGCCAUGAUCGGCAGCGACGAGGAAGGUGACUUCUCGCUGCGCAUCUACCCCGUGGAGCUAGAGGACGACGGGGUGUAUCAGUGCCAGGCCUCGCCGACCAACGACGGCCAGCCGGGCCUGCGCUCGCGCUUCGCCCGGCUGAGCGUGCUCGUGCCGCCCGAGAAGCCGAAGAUCCUGCAGGGCGACUACCUCAUGACCACGGAGGACAGGAAGAUCACGCUCGAGUGCGUGAGCAUCGCCGGCAAGCCGCCCGCGGAGAUCACGUGGAUCGACGGGCUGGGCAUCGUGCUGCACGACGGCAUCGAGACGCAGCAGUCCCAGUACCAGGACGGACCGCUCUACAACGUCAAGUCGAUCCUGACCGUGACGCCGCGCAAGGAGCACCACAACACCACCUUCACUUGUCAGAGUCAGAACGCGGCGGAUCGCACGCCGCAGAUAGCCAAGCUGCGCGUCGAGGUCCGCUACGCGCCGAAGGUUUCGCUGAAGAUUCUACACAGGCAGCAGAACGAGCAGAUACGCGAGGGAUCGGAACUUCGAUUCAAGUGUCGUGCCGAGGGCAAUCCGCCCAAAAUGGACUACAAGUGGUACAUUAACGACAAGAUGGCGGUGGGCGACUACACGACCGAGAUGAUCAUCCACAACGUGACGCGCGACUACCACGACGCGAUAGUCAAGUGCGAGGUGUACAACGAUGUCGGCAAGAGCGAGGAGACCAAGACGCUCGAGGUCACCUACGGGCCGCAGUUCCGACACCCGCCGGUCUCGGUGCAGUCGCACUACGGCGCCUCGGAGACGCUCCAGUGCGACGUGGACGGCAACCCCCAGCCGGAGAUCUACUGGACGCACGAGGAGUCGGACCGCAUCCUGGCGACGACGCCCAACAUCACGCUGACCGUGAGGCCGGAGAGCGCAGGCCGCUACUACUGCCACGCGCGCGUCCCCGGCUUCCCCGAGCUCACCGGCUCGGCCAACAUCUACAUCAGGGCGGCGCCCACCAUCAUUUCCCAGCGGACCCAGUACGUGCCCGACGAGGGCCUCAUCAAGGUGCAGUGCAUAGCGAUAUCCGUGCCGAAGGCCGACUCGGUCGUCUGGAGCUUCGCCGGACGGGACCUGAACUUCUCGUCGAACAACACGCCGUUCUACAGGCACGAGGAGUACGAGCCCGAGCGAGUGGUCAGCACGGUCACGCUCCUCGACCCCGUGUCCGCCUAUUUCGGCGACUACAACUGCACCGUGACCAACGCCUACGGCACCGACUCCGCCGUCAUCAAGCUCACGACCCACGCGUUGAUUCCAGUUGACUGGCAGCUCAUUCUGAUCGUCGUCGGGCUGGUCGUCUGCGUGAUACUGAUCGGCAUCAUAGUCAUCCUCAUUCUGCACUGUCGCGAGCGCAUCAAGCAGCCGCAGCCGAAAGCCGCCCAGGCCCACGAGAACGACAUGCAGGAGACCGAUUCGAACGCCGACCGCUACCGAGAAAGCGACCGGAGCAGCAAUCUCUCGGACGUCAAGGCUGACAUCCGCGCGGGCUCGAGCGUCAGUAAUGCCGAGAGCGUGACUGCGCUGGACAGCGAGGGCGAGGGCAGCACCCGGGGGGUGAACGCGCUCGCGCUCGCCGGCCCGGUGCCCAAUCCGAUCGCCGGAUUCCGCUACAGCGCCGACUACACCGAGCCCUCCUUCCCGCCCAAGAGCAACGACGGCAGCAACAACAACGGCUACGUGCCCUACGUCGACUACUCGCGCGACUACAUGCCGCCCUCGACGCAGACGGGGAUGGCCGCGUCGCGCGAGUCCCUCAGCAGGAUUCCAUCCAGCGGCAUACUCGCCUCCAAGAAGAUCGGGCUGAGCUCGGCCAACCUGGGCGGCACGCCGCCGCCCCAGACGACCCCGAUCAUAGACCCCCGCUUCUCCGCCACCUACGGCAACCCCUACCUCAGAAUGUCGGCGGCCGAGCAGCUGCGACACGCGCCACACACGGCCAUACCCGGGGUGACGCCGGCGCCGCCGCCCUACACGCAAGCCAUGCGGAUGAACAACCUGAAUACGCUGAACGGAGCCGGACCCCAGGCGCCUCUGUCGGCCCACUACAUAACCGGCGGGCCGAACGGCGGAGUUGCCACGGUCAAGCGCACCUCGGCCGUGAGUACGCUGGCGACGCACGUAUGAGGCCGGCAGACCGACUCGAACUAGACGACUCCUCGAGGGCCCGAGGAGCUGCUGCUGCUGGAGGAGCGCGGCCAGGAGCUGCGCCACCGCGCGGCCGAGGUCCAGGAGCUGCUGCGCCGGGCCCGCGCGCAGCGACUCGCCUCCUCCACCAGCCACCACCACCACCGGACGGGCAACGGCGAGGCGGUCCGCCGCUGCGAGAGACUGCUGCGCCAGCUGCGCCGCGCCAGCCGCGAGCACCGCCGGCUCCUGGAGCAGCGCAACGCCCAGCUGGAGCUCUACCUGCGCCGGCGGCUCAGCGCCGCGACCUCCCAGCUCGGCUGGGCCUCCUCCAGCCUCUCCAUCAUGUCGUCGGCCUGGAGCCUGGCGCGCGCCCCCAGCGCCUGCAGCCGGACCCACGACUCGGCCUCGCUGCUGCUCAUCACCCCGGCGGCGCUGGAGCUCGCCGAGCUGCCCGCGUCCGCCCGCUGAGCGCAUCUCCAUACAGGCUUCCGAGGACGCGCGGACGCUGCGACGACCCGCCGCACCUGCUCCCGCACUCUACUGUAGAUAAGACGAGCGUCAAGCGUACACAUAUACAUAUAUACAUAUUCUCGCGGGAGCCGGACGCCCUCGUCGCGCCGUCCGCGCAGCGAGUGUGUGCUGCGUGCGAGUGUGCGGCUUAUCAAAAUUAUAAAUAUAGAAAUCAUAAAUGGGUUUUGUACGGGGGGAUCGAGCCGGUGUUAUUGACAAUCUUCUAUCGACGUACUCUUUUUAUUCUCGUAUUCUAGGCUCCCGUUAAGGUGUUCGAAUAGGUAUAGCAGAAGCGAGACUGAGCUCGGCGCGGAUCGCUCGUCGUUCUUCCGCUCUCCGGCGGUAAUUACCAUGUCGAAUGCAGAAGGGGGAAAAAUUUUCACGAAGCCACAUCCGGCGAUAAUUGGAUCAGUGGAGCACCCUCGAAAAGGCACAGUGUAUACGGACAGGGUAGUUCCCUCUUGCUCUCCUUCUCUCUCUCUCUCUCUCUCUCUCUCUCUCUCUCUCUCUCUCUCUCUCUCUCUCUUCUCCGUGUGCACGUGUGGGAGAGACGAGUCGAAUGGAUGCAAUUAGUCGUGGGGCACCUGCAUAUCGCGAGAGUAGGCGCACGGAGCGGAGAAUGCGGAGUAAAAAAACGAGUAAUCUCAGUAGCUCAGCGUCGACGGCCAUUGAAAAUGGCCCGCCGGCGGAGUAAGUUUCCACUUGGCCUGAAAUGUAUUAUUCUAUACAGCGACGAGGUUAAUAGAGAAUUGUAAAGCGAGCAAGCUGCGACGCGAGCGCGAUUCCAUUCGAUUCGACGCGACGAUUUUAGUCACGCAUAAAGACUAAUUUAUACUCUCGAGUAUAAACUCUCGCGCGCGCAACGGGCCACGCACGCGAUGCACAGCGAGGCACACGAAAAACUUUAAUUCGAGAGUCGCUCGCGUCUGCCCGAGAUAACACACAUACACACGCGCGCGCGCUCGAAGCACGCAACGUUUUAUUCAGCGACGAAGUGGGCGGACGAACGGAUAGCUCUAUAUACUUAAGGACGAUAAACGACUAAUGAAAAAUUAAACCCGUUGUCAAUACGAAACUUAGAGCCUACUAUGAACACAAGCACACAGUUCACCGGCACUAAUUUCGCGAAUUCCAUAUUCGAAAUGCGAGCGGCGGCUCGCUAUACCCUGUAAAUAUACACAAUUCUCCGCGUCUAUCUCCCGCACGUAUCGCAUUGACACUGCUGCUGGGUAAAACGAAACUUUGUGUGAGAUUAGGAUCGAGCGGUGGACGAAAUAAAUACAUAUAAAUAUAUACCGUGCGGUCCCCGUUCACUUUUCAAAAAGCAUAACUAUCGCGUCGUUGUACAAAAGAAACGCUGCCUAUAUCGUCGUCUGUGAGUCGCGAUUUCUUAUCUCUGUAUAGUGUAGGUAAUAUAGGAGGGGAUUUCGAAAGUUUCGUUGUAUAGCUCUCGGUGAAUAACGCGCGAGUGCGCCCGUUUCAAACUUUCCGCUAGAGUAACCCGUAAUUUCGGCAAACAAGGUUUUAAAAAAAUCUCUCUCUCUCUCUUUCUCUCUAUUGUUGUUGAAAAUUAUCUUUGAUUUUGCGUUGUAUAGCAAAGUGUUUGGCUUGAGAGAAACAAGGAAAAAAAUUGCGUCGUUACGUUUUCAAAGCUCUGGUCGAAAUAAAAGAAAUAUUUAUCGUUAUCCUCACUAGCAUUAGUAGUAUUACUGUAUCAUUAUUGUCGGGGCAAUGAAAAAUAAAGAAAGUCUGGAACCGAAACAUUUCAGUAGAUAUACCUAUAUAGCAGCUCUAUUGAUUUCCGCCCUGUGGGUCGAAAAAGGAUAAAGAGUACUCGUAUAGUCGUACGUUCGGCUUGGAAAAAAAAUCACUUUGAAAGCUGCAAAAGUUUCUAGGAAAUUUCGUGUGUAUAGCGUCUGGAAUAAUUGAUAUCGAUAACGAAACAGGGUAGCCUAUCAAUUAUUUAACGCGGAGAAAAAGAGGAUAGGAAAGGAACUUUAGGACCGCGAAAGCUUCACCCAAAGGGCGCAGUUAGAUGCAAAGCUCCGCGCCGAUAUUAAUAUAUUGACAGAGAAUUUUCGACGACGCGCGAAUAUUGUUCUCGGCGCGCAAGCUCUAUACAAGGGAAUAUUAAUAAUAGCGAGUGGGCUGCCAGCGGCAGGGGGUACAGCGUGCAAUUACAAAAAAUACCGAUUUGCGGGCGGGCUGAUCUAUCGAGCGCGUGUACAUACACAAAGAGUGAUCGGAAGCUGAGCGCGGGAGAGAAAGAGGGGAAAACAUUUGAAAUGCAUAAUGCAGCUGCGCAGAAGCCAAGGCAUAAAGUAUUGUAUAAUUUAUAUAGACGGAGCAAGCGCAGAAGUGUGUGUGUGUGUAUAUAUAUAUAUAUAUAUAUAUAUAUAUAUAUAUACACUCACGCACACACACAUAUGAAUAUACAUAACAACUUUAUAUAUUGCAGAGAGUCUUGUAAAAUAGUAAAUCGUGUACAUAAAGUGCGGAAGGGCUGAGAAGGAGAAAAAGAAAAAGAAUUAUUGCUCGCGGUAUCUCUUUCGCGUACGUACGUACACAUAAGUUUAGUUAGUUUUAUAAUAUCUGUGAAUCACUAUUUGCAUAAAUAUAUAUAUCCUUCGGGUUUUGCCGUCGACCUACCUCGCUUAUUCCUCGAUCACGAACUCUCGUUUAAAGUCGCGGUUAUCGAUCACUCGACGCGAUCCGAAAAGAAAAAACUCAUUUUGGCGAGUUUCGUUGGCGGCAAACCAGUUGAUUCAUAUUUAUAAAUUGUUUAUAACGAAGAGACGAGAUUUUAUACUGUUAUCUACAUAAGACUUUGACGUACUUUUUAAUUAAAAAUGAAGUGUGCAGAAAAAUUAUAUAUAUAUAAAUAAAAAAUAUAAAUAUAUAUAUAUAUAUAUAUAGGUAUGCAAUUACGUACGCACAUACUUGCUCGGGAUAUUGCAAAAAAAUAAAACAAUUAUUCGAGCUUCGAAAGCUCGUAAAAGAGAGUAUAGUCGUUGUACAGGUGUGAAGAUCUUUCGUAAGAAAAAAAUUAUGGAAAAGAUAUUAAUAAUGAUCUAUCGACGCCCCAGUAUCUCCCGGAAGUGUCUGACACUUCCUUUUUUGACUUUGCAGCGUAUGUAUACAAAAAGCAUAUAAAGAGAGCAUAUCGCGGACUGUGAAUAAGAAAAAUAAAUAAUUACAAUCAAUGUACGGGGUGGUCCUAGGCGAUGUUGCAAUUAGAGAAAUUUAUGUCGUUUUAAGAAUAUUACUACUAAUAAUUACAACAAUAAUAAGAUUUAAUAUAAAUUAUCAUAAAAGUAUAAUUAUUAAAAAAAAAGAAAAAGAAAAAGAAAAUAGAUGAAAUUGUCUUUUGCGAUACGGGAUCACCCUAUACGUAUCAAUUGGUUAUCUGUCAAUUAUAAUAUAAACUCAAUUCUACGUGCAUUUAUUCGCCUUUUAGUAGCGGUCGAGCGAGACUCACAAAGUAGCAUCUCGAAGAACGACGUACCUCAAUCAUGCGACGCCAAGUUGACAAGCGACGUUUCCGAAGGGGAGCGGAGCGAUUGUACUCCAGCUAUUAUAUCAGAUGUAUCUAGUUUCUUUUGUGUUUGAUCAUCGUCAAUGAUAGGACCACAAAUUUUCUGAGAUAUGCAGCACACCCGCAUUAUUGCAUUGUCGUUGAUUAUCCUCUAUAACAAUAAAGGCUCUAUUACUUCUCAUCAUCUUUCUCACAAGUAUUUUCACUUUUUGCAAUUAAUUCUAUGUAUUAACGCCGAGUUAAAAUUUUGUAUCGUUCCACAAGUUAAGCUUGUUUCGAUAACGGAGAACCUAUGCGCUAAAUGUAAUGCGCUGAUGUACAGUGUCAAAAGUAAUGCACUCUCGUUUCAGCGUAUGAUCUGUGAUAAUAUAGGAAAGUAGUUUAAUAUAUAAAAGAGAACAAGGUAUAGUUGCGUAGUAUCAUACUUCAAUUUUUCGAUUUAUCUCAGAAAAUUUGGCAUCCCUACCUAUGAAAAAUUGUGAAAACUAAAGUGAAACGUCGCCUCUCAACUCGCUAGUUGAGCUUGAUUGAAUAAAUGACAUGAGAGUAAACGUCGCUCAAUUGGUGCUGCAAUUUGAGAUUUCUUCGACCAUGUUAAAUGAAUUUACGAUAUUUUACGACUCGGGCUCACGGCCUAUUAACGAUUCUUCGCAAAGUUUAUCGCAUAAUACGAUUUGCUCGAAAUGUACUUUGAUCAGGAAACCGCACGAGAAAAUUGCAUUUGCCAUCGGAUACUCUUGUGGCGAUGAAACCCGGUGGUUUCCUAUUAAAAAGAAUAACAAUAACGAACGAGCGAGUUUGUAAUUAAUCGAAAAGUGACUUUUUAGAAUUACGACUAUGAAUUCGCGUAGUGAUAUACAUCGUAAUACCGCAUAACGUAUAAUCUAUUUCUAAUUCGACUGACCGACACCUUAGAAAAAAAAUAAUAAAAAAACAAAAACAUAUAUCCCAUAUUUUUCUUGAUGUUAAGCUUUUCCUCAGAUGUCUAGGAUACGAUCUAAAAGAAACACUACUAGAAUUUUCAUUGACUCGUUGCGCGACUGUGUAUCUAAUUGUAUAUAUAAGAAAAAGAUAAUCCCUAUGACGAUAUGUUUCUCUCGCAAUUUCGUGUCACUGACGAAUCGCUUUCCAAAACGCGAAGAGAACCUCAUGAAAUUCCAACAGCUCUCGUUUUCUCUACAAUCUAAUUCUUUUCUACGAAACAUAUCAAUAUUUGUAUAAUGCGUAUACAGUUAGCGAUAUCGUUUUUUAGUGCGUAUUAUCAGUGCGUGAAAAUUCGCAAAAUUGUAUAUUGCGCCAACGUUUUAUAGAAACGAGGAAAGAUCUGAAAUGACCAAUUUCCACACUAAGUCAAAGUCGAUUCAAAACUUCCAUGAUGAUCGCAACCCAGUAUUAUUGCAUGAAAAAUACAUACACAAUCGAAAAAACUUUGACUUUGUAUACGCCACUUCACUUUGUAAAAGAGAUGAACUUCGAAAUUUCACAAAAGCGUACAUCUGUAUCACUGCGUAAAAUGUUUCCUCUACGAGAUCACCUAUAUGCCAAAAGACUGUACUUCGCAACAAAGCUAAAACAUAAACCCAGAUCUGUGCGCUUGGGACAAACGAGUCAAAGAAAAGUAAAAUGCGAAAUCAAAUAACAAAGGCGAAAACAUCAAUUCGAUUACCGCGAGAUCGUCUCUCUUAUGUAGUUAAUAAUAAUAAUUUUGCAUUAUAAAGCUGUACACUGUGCGAAACCGAGCGAAUUAUGUCCCGAUGGACAACCGAUUACGAGAAACUGUAAAUGCGAUUCAAGUUCCCGAGCACAAAGAAUUAAGCGACUGCUGUCUCGAAGAAACCUAAGAGUCUGUUCCAUAUAUUUCUAUGUUAUCGAAAAGCCAUUUACGCAACUGAGACCCGUGACUAAUCGAUACGCGAAAAACAUUUUAUACGUACCUGUCGAGCAAAGCUGAAAAAUAGGAGAAAAACGAGAGCGCCAGGAAAGAACAAAAGGGGAGAUAUCAGGGAACCCGACGUCAAAACAUGUUAUGUAUAGAGUGUUAGAUGCAAGGGUCGCCGUGGGUGCUUGCGUGACGAAUUUCACACUACUUCGUGUUCAUUAUUAAAAAAGAAAAAAAAAACAAUGUAUAAAUGAAAGAAAGAUGAAUAAUUAAUACGAGAUCUUCCGUUGAUCGAUAAUUAAGGAGCACGUGAGACGCGAGUAUGAUCAAGCUAUAUCUUUAAUUAUCUCUCUACGUGACAGUGUGCCAAUAAAAGAGAAAAAUACGCAUUUCUAUGAGAAGGUAUUGCCUAAAAUCAUUGUAGAAAUCUUCGUUUCGUCAUUUUUAUUAUUUCAUUUAUUUAAAUAUACGUCGUGUUGAUUUUUAUUUCGAGCUUUCUGUUAAGCCGAUGCGAACCAUCAAGGGCGAAUCGAACGUUUGGUCAGAAGCUGACUCUUAGCAGAAAGCCGAAAUAACUUUUUGUUGCCAAAGACAAUUUUUAUGAUUAAUAUUUUACGUUGUGUAUAUUUGUUUGAGUUUAACAUUAUAUCGCGCGGCAGUUUUAUCGUGGUCACGAUUUGUCGCACCAGCGUCGAAAGUGCUUCGAUUCGUCUAUCUCAUUCAUAUAUCUGUCACGCUAUCGUCAUCGUAUCAUCAUCAUCAUUAUUAUUAUUAUUAAUUUUACUAUUAUCAUUAUUAUUAUUAUUAUUAUAUUGUAACUCGUUUUCAGUUUACUUAAGCGCGUCAUUUUCCGUUAUUGUAAUACUCAUGAUGUAUUCGCUAUAAGUACGUAUUAUAUUAUAAUUACGUGCCUUUUGUAUAUUUUCCAUUGGCCUAGGAGCGCCGCGACAUAUAUUAUAUUUAUAAUACGACGUACACGCAACGAUAUAAUAUGUAUUAUCGAUCGAGCUGUAUCAAUUUAUUUUAUACACUUUUUCGGAAGAUUAUAUGUAUCGCAGCUGUUAUUAUUUCAUUAAAUCCUGCCAUAUUCUAAUUGUGCCCGUCUUUAUUUUUGUUUGUUUGCAUAUCACUCCAUUGAUCAGUCACCUUAUUUACUUUCACGCAUCGCCGUUUUGCAUUUUUUGUUCUGGUAAGUUUCGUCCUUUCCUAAUACUACACUCACAUUCUAACACAACACCAUAUAUUUCCUUUACUCGUUCGUUUUAACGCUUUCCGACAGCGGUUCUCCGAGCUUUCAUAAUAAUAUGCACUUGCGGUCUUCGACUUUAGGAAAGGGUGAUCUCUCGAUACCAAGCUUGAAACGAAACUAAAAAAAGAUUUUCGCGGUUGUAUCGGCUUAAUCGGAUGCUCAUAUCUGCAUGUGUCUAGCUGUACAAAAUAAUGGUAAACGCAUCAAGCAUAACGAAAAUAACACUGCUCUAAAGCUGAAUCCUGUAUCAUAUGAACGAUUUGUAUAACUGAACGGGCGAGUCGACUCGCCGAGAGAUAUUAGAGACGGAAAAGUAUUUUACCUUCUAACUCAUGUUGAGUUUCAUUGCUCGAGUGAAAACGCUUUCUUGUCGCGGGGUGUGAUAAAAAAAAGCUAUGUAUGCAUAUCCGAUGCGGGGCACGCUCUUUUUUCUCGGGGGCGCGCAAAUACAUAUAUAUAUAUAUAUAUAUAUAUAUAUAUAUAUAUGUACACAAGAUUCUACUCGGAUCUUUUUGCGCGUGCGAACGUCGGUACCUAUAUAUAGCCGGAGAUAUCAGCGACGAUUGCAAGCGCGCAUAGCGAAACGUUAUGUACGGCGAACAAGGGAUCGCUUUCGCAGAAGGACGGAAAAGAAGGGACGAACGAAACAAAACGCCAUAGCGAUGAGCAUGUAAGGAUCGCAUUGUAAAUAGUCGAAUGUCUUUGCAUAAUUGAAGCGCGAAUUUUUUGUAUAAACGACGAAUAUACCGUAUUUUUUACACGAAUGCUUGAUAUUUUGAAGUUCUUCGAUGAAACGUAGACGGAUUUCAACGCUUUUGUUCCCGGAAGAAGCGAAGACCGAGAGACGAGAGAUAAAGUGUCUUUUCGGGAAUCUCGAAAGCGAUCCUUUAGUCGUUACUACUCGUGAUUGUUCUAGAUUGAAAAAAAA